UUAUUUGAUGUGUUCAUUGUUUUUUUUAUUCAAAGGUAUAUAUAAACUGCGACUGACAUUUCAUCAGUUGGCUGUAAAUUUUUGAGUUAGCAAAUAAAGUAAGCUUCAGGAUGCUACCAAUUCAAUUUUCUCUGCAAAUUGUGGUCGUAAUUUUGACUAUCAAUGCUGGGUUGAUAUUUGCAGGAAUUUCAGACACUUGCUUGGGCUGUAUUUGUGACGUAGAAUCGAAUUGUGACAAGACAAUUGGAUGUGCGGAUGAUGGCGGAUCGGAUUCCUGUGGACCAUUUCAGAUAAAGAAAGUGUACUGGAUUGACUGUGGUAGACCAGGCAACAGUUAUGAAGAGUGUACAAAGGACUAUGAUUGUGCCAAAGGAUGUGUUCAAACCUAUAUGGAUCGUUAUGGAGGGGUAACAUGUGGAACAACUUGUGAAGAUUACGCACGCAUGCACAAUGGAGGCCCAACUGGCUGUAACAAAAAUGCCACUAAAGUGUACUGGAAAAAAAUACAGGAUGCCGGUUGUAGCAGACAUAGCUAAAUUUACAACCUAUAAACUCGCCUAGAAACUAAAUGCAAUCGUCGCUGUCACGUUUUCUUGACUUGGAACUACACAUAACAUUUAUAGCAUAUAACAUGCCUUGUAUAUCUAUUUUUACAUACUUUUCCUCAAUAUUCUUUAAGAUUUGUUUCCUAACAUUAAAUGCUGCAUAUAGCUA